ACGGUCACAUGUUACCAUUAUUUAUAAUUUUCACCCCCUAAUACAACAAUUAAGUCGAAGUACAGCGAGAUUGAAUUAGGGGGUAUACGCUACAAUUUUUACAGUGAAUUAAAGCAAAUAACUGAAUUUUGUGCCCCCUAAUAAAACAACAUCCGAAGUAAGUCGCAGGAUAAUUAAGCAGUUUCUUACGUAUUACGCCACAUCAUUAAUGAAUAUGCGCUCAACUAUAUAAUGCAUGCAUGUGUGUAUUAUGUGUAGAAAUUCUAUAGAAAUUCAACCCGGAGCAUAUUACGAAAGCCACAUUGGAAAAUUUUUGUGCUUAAGCAAAAUACGUUUUGAAAUUGCAACAACAAGGCUUUUGACGAAAAUUAAGUACGUCCACCCGACUAGCUUGACAAACCCUUAAUCCGCCACUGAUGAGAACUCAUCAUGCAUUAAUUAAAGUUCAUUCUAUCUUAAUAAAUUUUUUUUUUUUUAGCUUAGUUGUCAGAGUAAAAGCCUUUUGCGGUUCGUUCCGUCUAGCCUGAGACUAGCUAUUGUAUAAUUAAGUAAACCGUGAAGUAAUUAUUAAAAUUUAUCUAGCUUCUUCUGUAAAAUGGUAAACUGCAUCUCUUGCUUAAUUUACAUUUCUUUUAAUUAGAACUGAAUAUGUUUUCCCAACGCAUACAACGCGCCUGUAAUCUCAAAUCAUUUCUGGUUGAUGCUCUGGAAAUCUGUAGAGCGAAUGCUUAUGACGCUCGAGACAAUCCCAGGGGAAUUAUUAAUCUUGGUACAGCCGAAAACAAGAUUAUUUACGACAUCAUCGGAGAAAAACUUUCUGAAGUGGAUAUGAAACAGAUACCAGAAAAAUAUUCCCACUAUUGCAAUUUUUGUGGCAAUGAUGAAUUUCGUGACAAGUUGGCAAGCAUGUUUAAUCAUUACAUGAAACCCAAGUUGACAAUUAAACGAGAGAAUUUAUUUGUAACCAAUGGUGGUGGUCCUGCUGUCGAAUGUUUAGGCAUUGCAUUUUGCGAUAAACACGAAGGAUUCUUAACACCAGCGCCAUAUUAUGGAGCCUUUUACAAUGACCUUCGCCAAAGGAGCGAGACAAUUAUAUAUCCUGCUCAGCUGUCAAGCAAAAGCAUUGGAAGUGGUUCAUAUAAUAUGACAACACAAGAUUUGGAGUUCGCCUUAGAAGAAGCAAAGCAGAACGGAGUGGCCAUCAAAGCUUUGUUGAUAACAAAUCCAUACAAUCCAUUGGGAACAAUAUUCUCUUUAAAAGAGUUAGAAGCGUAUGCUCAGUUUUGUCUCAAACACAAUAUCCACUUUAUCUGUGAUGAGAUAUAUUAUUUCUCCGUUUUUGAUGAAGAAGCAUCGAUGAAAAGUAUUUUAUCCUUGCCAAAUUUCGCCAAAUACAAAGAUAUCAUUCAUGUGAUUUGGGCUUUCAGUAAAGAUUUUGGAUUAUCAGGUUACCGUUGUGGAGUCAUUAUAUCUUACAAUGACUAUCUCUUAAAGGCUUUGGGUCAAAUCUCAAUUUAUACUACUGUCCCAACAGUUGCUCAGUAUGCAUUGGAAAGUAUUGUGUCAGAUUUCAAUUGGAUAGAUCGAUUUAACAAUCAAAACCAUGAACGACUAAAGGGAGCUUUGCGUACCGUCACAAAGACGCUAGAUGAUGUUGGUGUGAAAUAUAUAAAACCAUCGGGCGGGUUUUUUAUAUGGCUAAACCUUUCGAAUUACCUAAAAUCAGAUACAGAAGAGGAUGAGAAAAAGUUGUAUGAGUUAUUUAUGCAGAAUGGUUUGUAUAUUGCUCCGGGAUUCGCAUUUUAUUCAAGAGAACAUGGUUGGUUUCGUGUCGUAUUUUCUAUUGAUGGUGAGCAGUUAAAGUUAGCUUUAAAAAGAUUUGCAAUUUGUAUCAAAACGUUAGAUGGUGUAAAAAAGGUUGGAGAUGCUGUAAAGAAAUUAAGUCUUAAUUAAAAUGUGGAUGUGGAAAAUAAUCAAAACGCAGAAGAUUUAAACAAUAAUAAACCAGUAUGCAAAUAAUCUCCCUAAAAUACGGCAGAGGUAUAGUAAUGCCUCAAUUAUUCGUACCACGAUCAACCAAACCAUAGUUUAGAUUUAAUUUUUAAUUGAAUUUUAUGAUUCUCCACCUGGAAAGAGACAAAAACGAAAUCACUGCUAAAUAAAAGGAUCUAAUUAAACAGUUGAUUUUACUUGUAAAUGUGAUUUGUAUUUGUAUAUAAUUUUGCUCAAUUCCAACUUUUCUAAUUUUUUCUUUUUAAGUAAUAUGAAUAUUUUUAUGUCAUGAAUAAGCGAGUUUAUUCUUGGCUACGUUUUGACAGCUAUUAAAUGACGGUGAUCGAAAUCAUCUUUGACUCUUUAUUAGUUUAAAAUCAAAAUUAGACAAUCAGAUCACAGAAACUAAAGUAAUUAACUUUUUACGGACCUGAAUGGAAACAAUUUAUUGAUUCAAAUAAAUUUGCCCUAUGAAAAUGUGAUCUUUUUAGGUAGUGCGUGUAAUUAUAUUUCUUAAAAUUGAUAGGAAAUACUAUUAAUAUGAGUAUUUAUAUUUAUAUUAUUCUUGGUUUCUUUUAUCUUUAUACCUGUUUAACCGGACUCUGGGCCUA